AUGAGCACCCUUACCACAACCACACUCAAGUCCUCUUAUCCCCCAGUCUUACCUCCACCGUUCACAGCUAAUCAACCUCCCACACUUCGGCUCUAUCCUCUUUCUAACUACACCUUCGGCACGAAGGAGACGCAACCUGAGGAAGACCCCUCGGUUCUUGCCAGGCUUAAGAGGUUGGAAGAGCAUUAUGAGAACUAUGGCAUGAGGCGGACUUGUGAGGGCAUUCUGGUAUGCCAUGAGCAUAACCAUCCACAUGUUCUCAUGCUUCAGAUCGCAAACGCGUUCUUCAAAUUACCAGGCGACUACUUACCACAUGACGCGGAUGAAGUAGAAGGAUUCAAGGCACGUCUAAACGACAGGCUAGCGCCGACAAACCCCAAGGAAGGAGACACAAAUUGGGAGAUCGGGGAUUGUCUGGCACAAUGGUGGCGACCGAACCACGAAACAUUCUUAUACCCAUUCCUCCCAGCCCACGUUUCUCGCCCAAAGGAGCUCAAGAAACUGUACCUGAUCCACCUACCCCCUAAUAAAGUGCUUAGUGUGCCAAAGAACAUGAAACUCCUUGCCGUCCCCUUAUUUGAGCUGUAUGACAACACCGCGCGUUACGGUCCUCAGCUGAGUGCCAUACCGCAUUAUCUUUCUCGCUAUAGGUUUGAGUUCGUGGAUGAAGACGGCAAUCUCAGCAGUGUUAUGCCUGGUGGAGGAGCACUACCGGCACCUGAUGCCGACGUGAAAGUCUUAGUGGAUGGUGCAGCAAAGCCCGAGGAAGGUGUGCGAGACGUCAAGCUUGAGAACGGAGAGUGA